GGAGUUUUUUCAGAAAUGAUCCACCACGCGUCGAGGGAAAAUUGAGGGGGAAAGAAAAAAUGUCGGGCGCCGGUUCCCACCGGGCUGUCACAGAGACGUCUCUCGGCCGGUGGACAAUAUUUUGCGUGUUUUCUUUUUACUACGGUGUGGGGGGCAGUUACGAUCUGGGUGCGGUAACCGCGUGUUUGCCGCUGAUUGUGGCAGACCUCGAUCUUCACAACCUCACGCUCAGUGGAUUUCUUGGGAGCGUCGGCUAUUACGGGAUGUUCACUACAAUGCCGGUCUUCGGCGUCUUCUUUUCGCGUCUCCAUCUCUGGCAGAGCCGGACUUUGGCACCUGGGUCGAUGGCUCACGAGUUUGUCCGUCGCGGGCAGUGGUUGUUCUUCAUCGUGAACUGGUCAUUCCUCGGACUUAUGGUGACACGGAAAAGCAUGCUCAUACUCGGACGCACCAUGGGCAAAAAUCAAACAAACCAAGUACAAUACCACGGGGGCCCACAGGAAUGAAGAUUCUUUUUUGAGUAUGAGUAAACUCUUCCCUGUCAUAGAACUCACUUUGCUGUUGCCCAUGUGCAUGGCGACCAGCAUCUCGCAGCUUAUUAUUGGAAGAUGUACGCAGGGAGACUACUGGAAUUGUUCUUCAGUAACAGAAACAAAAUUCAAAAUCCGAAUCGACUAAUUUUAUCGUCAACAGAAACAAAAUUCAGAGGUGAAAAGAAAUUAGAACUACUUCGUAAACUCAACCUGAGAAAGAGAACUGCUACCUGAAGCAAUUAGGACAAGACCCGUGCUGGUUAAAGCCUUGACUUUUUAUACUUUCCCUACUCGUCAGUUGAUUGUUUCGAUAUAUCAAAAUGUUGUUUUCUCGAUAUAUCAAAUGUUGCCCCACGCCUAGUUGCUGCCUCUUUCAGAAUUUUUUUCUUGGGUGUUUUUCAGGGUGCUGCGGAUGUGUAUUACCCCGUCUGGAUUGAGGAAUACGCACCACCAGCACAGCGCACGACGUGGCAGGGAAGCCGCUUCGUUUGCAUCAUGCUCGGAGUGAUGCUGGGUUACCUUUUAUGGGCGAAAACGAUCUUGUGAGUUCACAAGUACGUGUCUUUUCUCAAUAUCAAUGCCCUUCGUUUGAUGUUGCUAAAAGUAAGGAAAGAAGUAAGCGCAAUAGUAAUUCUUUUGCUUCUUCGUUGUACUGGUGGUAAUUUCAGCAUCAAACCUUCGUAUCCUGUGUGAGAGCAAUUUGUUUCACCGUCGUGGCAGCGUUUUAUACAAAUAGAUGGAGAUCAUGGUUGAAGUCAAACGCAGCGGAAACUUUUCUGUGUAUGUGUAAUCUAUCGUCGUUGAAUGAUCAAGAAGGACCUACCUCACACCGAAAUCCUGAGACGUUCACACCUCGCAUUGGCCUGCCUCUGAAGAGCCGCUCUGAAAGACUCAUUUCAAAAACAGGAACAGCCCGCCGCCGUUUAUUUAGUUUAGAGGAGUACUUGGCAGGUAAAUAGAAGUUAUUAAUGAACGCGACCUUACCCCGAACUGGAGUUUUUUUUCCAAAAGUUGAAUAGCGACGUCCUACGCGGGCGGUAAAACCUUUCCCCAAACGUCCUCCUUGGGGCGAUAUGCCGGAGCGGGGUUGUCAUCUUGUGUGGCAGCGAAGCCGAGGUAUCCUAUCCUAUCCUAUCCUUUGACAUUUUAAACUUUGAUUUUCAGGAGCGCCGCGAAUCAGCAGUGAUGCUUGUCAAGCGACGCAUUCUGAUCUUGUCCGUUUCAUGAGUUUUUCUAUUUUCCUUUCAUCGUUUGCAGGGGGACUCUUGGCAACCGGCUCAGGGCUGCUGUCGUGGCGUGCCGUGCUUGCUUUUCAGGGCAUCGCUUCUCUCGCAGCUGCCGCGAUGACCUUUUUUAUAAUCGACCCGGAGCUGAUGGCUAUCUUAUGGAGAGAACGAGGAAAGGAUUUCUCAAUCAAUCAAUCAGUUUGCCGCCACAGGGCACCUUUUUUUUUGUAUUCCGAGAACGCCGAAAGGGUGAUCCCAGUGUUGUCCGGUGUACCUGCCGGCGACGGGUGGAGUGCAUUAGCCUCCUUAUAUAUACAACCACGCACUAAUUGCCUACGAAUCCGUCGACUAUAAAAUGAAGAAAAAACUAGGGGCAAAUAAAUGAAGAAAAAACAAGGGGCGCCGGCCUCCCCGCAGCUGCGACUGCCGCACCUCUACGUCCGGGGACGAUAUGAGGAGGCGACGUUGUCCACACUGCGUGGGCAUAAGAGCCUCGAGCUUGUAUAGUGUGCUAAGGACUAUCUGCACGUACAGACACACAGUGCAAAUUAUAUAUUUGAGCUUUCUGCAAAGGCAACUAGGCUGUCCGUCAAUCUGCUAAGCACACGCCAGCCAGAGGAGGCAGUGGCGAAGGGCGACGUAGAGGUCGCUGGACAGGCAUUACAGCUUCGGGGCGCGAAUAAGAAUGAGCAGGCGGAAAAGCACAGCCUGCCAUCUGGUAAAAUCGAUCUUCUUGUUGAAGAUAAGGAAAGUGCCAAUUAUAAGGUGGACCAGAUGUUGUUGCUUCAGGCCGCAGAGACCAGCACGGCGUGCGAGGAUGGAGACCAACACAGCAGUGCUGGGGAAGUCGGGAGUGUGGUCACGGAAGAGAGUAUCACAGACGACCGGGAAAACGUGUGUGUUUCUGAAUCUUUCUGGAUGUUGUUCGGGAACUACAACUAUUUCAUGCCGGUCUUCAACCUGUCGUGCAUUUUUCUCAUCGCGCAAGGCGUCCAGUUCUGGAGUCCGCAGUACCUAAAGCGCGUCUUCUCUCCGAUUACCGAGGACCAUGUCAUUGCCACCACUUAUGGCUCCUCUUCUGGCUCAUUCAUUUCUACAGGGAAAUCUUAGGCAGAUUGCCGAAUAGAUUCACGCUGUCAAUUCAUUUCCACAACAAGAGGAAACUUUUUUCUGGUUUUAUCUCAGCUAAGGUGAGUUCUGAGAAAAUGAGCUGAAGAAAUGAAUUCUCGCGAGCCCGUCUAAACCACAGUCGUCAUCAUCGCGACUGGACCAGCCGCAGGGAUUUUCUUAGGCGGGAAGCUCAUCGAUUAUUUCGGUAAUGAUAAAACUUCACUAAAUCUCUAUGGGAUUGCCUUCAUUUGCUUCAUGCCGCCUACCAAGAAUUAUAUCCCUCGGGCAGGCAACGCGAAGUGUUUGUUGUAGGAUCAAUAUUCUGAUCAUAUUUUCUGACGCAUACAUACCAAGCUGUACAGUUUCACUGGAGCUAGAAGUAGAUCUGAAAGAACUUAUAUAAGAACGCCAUCCACCACCACCACCCCCACCACCAGGUGGCUAUCAUAACGAAAGUGGGAGAAUCCGUACAUACACGAUUCUCUGUGCCGGUGCACUGAUAAGUAGUAUAUGCGGCAUCAUUGCGAACGGCCUCAGCGGAGAACCGUUGUACAACACGGCAUGCUCGCUCCUGUGGGCCGUCCUUGCGGUAUACUUAGACUAGAUCAACUUGUCUAACUGAAGGUACUAGACUCUCAAAAGUAGAUUUCGAUGCCCUUUGCGGACGAGGUAUGUAAUAAAAAGAUGUCGAUUUCAUCUUUUUUCUUAUAAUGUUCAAGGGUAAAAAGAUUUACAAAAACUAUGUAAGUCAGGUCGGUGCCGGCGCCGUCGGGCCAUUGCAGGGAAUCUCGAUUAGCGCGAUCCCCAACCAUAGUGUGCGAACGUUAGGAAACUCGGUAGCCACCGUUGGAUUCAUGGUUGGCGCUUCCCUCGGACCCUUGAUUCCUGGGUUUGCGCUACAGGAAUUGUGCCCGAAAAUUAGCGAUGUUGAUAGCUCGGGGGGAAACGCUGACUUGAUGGUGUCUACAACAGGAACGGCGAGGACGAACAAUUUUUCCGGGUCCAGCAAAGCCGCACAUGAGUCCAUGAUAAAUCUGGCCUCCCUACUACCACAAGUGCAAACGCCUUUCGCAGCCGGGCUUUCCUGGCUAGAUCACCAAGUAAAAUCCGGUAUAGUAGCCACACCACCAUCUUCAUCGACAGUUAUUAGUAAGCAGACUAGUGGUCUCCCGGAAAUGAGCAUAGUACUGACAGAGCAGGGUCGCGAUGCAUAUACUAGCAGCAUAACACCAGGUUCUAGUGCGUCGUCAAUAAUGACAAAAACAUUAACAACGUUGAAUUUAGAUCAGUCUGACCCAUCCACCACCGCUUUAGACGAUGUUGCCAUUCCCUGUGUGCAGGAAGCAGUAAGUCCCUUGCUUUGCGGCGGGGUCUUAAUGGUGGUCACGCUGGGCCUCUGCCUGGUACUCGAAUUGCGGUCUCGCGCGCGAAAACAAACACUUGCGCGGCUGCAGCAACCUUUGUUGCGCCGACUAGAGCCGUAGUGUUGCAGAAUGAGCAGUGUUUCGCAGUACUGGAGACCCCGGCCUCUUCUUUAGUAGUAUUAGCAGUCCGCCCACUGAUGAAUAACUAGUAGUGCUGCACCUGCACCAGACCAACAACACUGGCCAUAACAAAAAAACGAGGUAGUCACUGAAGAUGACUGCAUCACAAUAUCAAAGGACCCUUUUCUAUACCAAGAAUUUCAAGGUGCACAGAUAUGCAAACAUUCGUAGUCCAUCCUGGAAUUGAUUGGUGUCCGUUUCUCUGUGCUGUAUCACAGUCAUCAUGUCCUUGCUUUUUUCCAUGUAAAAAUCUUGAAUAGAGGUAAGAACGUGGGUCAAUUUUUAUGUCAGCGUCCCUCUCUGCUUACCGCAGUGUCUGAAAUUUCAAGAGUUCAAUCAUUCGGGUACGUAGUGUCUUCUGCGCAGGCGGUGCAAUCAUUCGACCAUGAAAUAAGUAUUGGUUUCUAAUCCCGUAGCUAAUCCAAAUCCAUUACCGUCUGUGAGUGUAAUGCGGUGACCGAGCGUUGUGGUGUCCUCACGUUGGAAUCAUGUGCAUAACUUUCCUUUCUCUGACGCGAACAUAGUGAAGGUACUUGGGCUAGACGGGCGAUAGGUUUGCACAUGAUACAUCAUGGAUCUACUUCACAUAAAUGUUUAUAAUUUACAGAGGCUUUAAUGCUGCUCCUGAUGUAGUUAUCGGACUCGGAUGCGGCUCGGCAAGUACGUGGAAAGUCUGUAGCUGUCUUCUUUAUCCAGAAGGACCUACGAUGAGACAAGAAGAUGAACAAUGCAUUUAACGGAAGAUAAGGAGAAGGCUUGACGUGAUUGUGGCAGCAAGCUUCUAUAUCUCGCUUUGUACAGAUCGAUUACUGCAAUACUGUAUGCACGCAACGAAAAAAGAUGAACAUUCUUACGUAAUCAGCAUAUGAUUGAAGCGACGUCGAAGUGUCUUUAUUUACAGCAC